GGCAAGGUAAACAAGGGUAAAAUGGAUGCCGAAGUCUGCUAAAUUGGAAGGACCUUUUAUGUGGCCAAAAUGAUUUAUCCUUGACACCUUUACUGACCACAAAAAGAGGAGAAUGGCUAAGCAGGUUGGAUUACUUCCAGCGGGCUGUCAACCCUGGAAUGUUGAUGUAGUGGCCGCCAGUGGGGACAGAUUUGUGUACUGUGCCACACUUUGUGUAUAUAUUUAUCAGUUGGAUCGAAAGUUCCAAGAAUUUAGACUGGUUUCCAUCAUGUCAGAGCACAAGAAAACUAUAACAGCCAUAGCCUUUAACCCAAGGAACCCUGAUUUCUUAGCAAGUGCAGGAGCUGACAGAAAGGUUAUUAUAUGGAAUGUGGCCAAUCAAAAAUUGGUUGCUAGAAUGGACACAGCUGACACACCUAAAGCCAUUGGUUGGUGCUAUGACCAAUUAGAUACAUUGUCUUUUGCUGGUGGGAAAGGACCUGUUCAAAUAUGGAAAUUCCAAGAUGGACUGAUGAUAAAGACAUGUAGGGAAGCUUCAGGGUUUCCUUCAAGUAUUUUAUUGUUGAGGUGGCAUCCAAAAAAUACAGGGCGGCUAGCUGUUGGUCAUCAGAAUGGUGCUAUAUCUAUUUGUAAUGUAGGUGGUAAAAGUUACAAAAAUACAUUAGGACCUGAAGAUGAAGAUGAUUCAGAGAUGGAGGACCCAGUGUCUAGUCUACAGUGGGACCCUCUAUCUACAGACUACUUAAUAAUGUGUAAUGUUCGAGCUGGUGUACGAUUGAUUGACACGGAGUCACAGUCAGUAAUUAUGAAAUUUACCCCACCUAGUGCUGCUUCCAGUAUAAGUGCUAUGUCCUGGAUAAAUAACGCUCCUGGGAUAUUUGUUACGGGUGAUGUAAGAAGUGGAAUAUUAAGAAUUUGGAAUGUUUCUAUGUCUAAACCAAUAGAAACUAUCAAAAUAAAAAAGACAGGUAUACAUGCUUUACAAGCCAUAACAACUAAAAUAAUGAAGUCCAAAGACAGUAGAGAAGGACAUGUGUCAUCUACCAGUGCCGCUGAUUCUCCUGCCAUGGUGAAUCAGGCACAUUUUGCUGUUCCUCCGGCACAAAUCCUGUGUACAUUCCAUGAUGGUGGAGUAGGCUUGUAUGAUCUUGGACUUAAGAAGUGGAAAUUUUUACGAGAAGAGGGACACAUAGAAACCAUAUUUGAGUGUAUAUUUUGUCCUGAUGAUGUAGAUUUGUUAGCCACGGCCAGUUUUGACGGUACAGUUAAAGUAUGGAAUGUAACUAAUAUGGAGGCUGUAAAAACGUCACCAGGUAAUGAAGGAGUGAUUUACUCUAUAUGCUGGGCCCCAGCUGAUUUGAAUUGUUUGGUAGCAGGUACUUCUAAGAAAGGAAUAUUUAUAUGGAAUUAUACUACCAACAGAAUCACACAAAGAUUCCAUGAGCAUGGAGAAAGUCCUGUUUUUGGUGUGGCUUGGAACCAGAGUGAUUCCAGAAGGAUUAUGUCUGUUGGACAAGAUUGUUAUUGUAUCAUACGAUUGGUGAAUGGUGAAGUUAUACAGAAAUACAGACAUCCUGAACCCGUUUUUGGCUGUGAUUGGAGUCCACAUAAUAAAGAUAUGUUAGUGACAGGAUGUGGAGAUAUGAAAGUUAGAGUAUAUUAUAUACCUACAUCAGCUGAUGCACCCCUGAAAGUAUUUACUGGUCAUACAGCUAAAGUCUUCAAAGUAAAAUGGUGUCCACUGAGAGAGAGUAUUAUUUGUAGUGGUUCAGAUGAUGGGACAGUAAGAGUAUGGGACUACACCCAAGGAGCUUGUAUUUGUGUAUUAAAUGGACACACUGCCCCUAUACGAGGUCUUCUAUGGAACACAGAAAUACCAUAUUUAUUGAUAACUGGCAGCUGGGACUACUCUAUCAGGAUUUGGGAUCUUAGAGAUGGAGCCUGUAUUGACACCAUUUUAGACCAUGGAGCUGAUGUUUAUGGUCUAACAAGUCAUCCAGACCGACCAUUUCUGAUAGCCUCUAGUUCUAGAGAUUCAACAGUUCGACUUUGGAAUAUCACACCACUAGUACAACCAUUAGAGAUGAACAUCAUAGCUGGAAAACCUUGGUCUGAAAUCUUUGGAACUGUUGAAACAGCAAUGGUGCCUGGUCAGAAUCCAUUAAUGAUUGGACGAGCUUCUAUUGAACGUAAAAUAAAACAAUUAGAAUUGGCUGGUUUAAAAGAUGUCAGACCUCAAACUCUCAAAGUAUUUUCAAAGUUUUUUAGUCAACCAGCAGGCAGCAAUAAUUUAUGGAACUUGGUGUCUGUAGUACAGGGUUUGGAUGAUAUAUUACUUGGAGAGAAUUACAGUAAAGGAAUCAUGCAUGUUAAACAUCUUACUAAGUUUAAGGCAUCAGAAGCUCAGACAUUAGAAAUGGCCAAAAUGUCAAAGUUUGGAGGUGGUAUUGGUGCACCUACAAGGGAGGAACAUUUAAAAGAAUCAGCUAAGAUACAUAUGCAAUUAGGAAAUAUACAAAGAUAUUGUGAAGUUCUUGUAGAACUGGGACAGUGGGAGAAAGCUUUAGCUGUUUCACCGGGUGUUUCAUUAGAGUAUUGGAAAUCAUUAACUAAAAGGUAUGCAUUAAGGUUGAUCAAAGACGAAAGUGAUGAAGUUGUGCCAUUUGGCGUAGCUGUAGGUGAUACUGAACUCUUAAUUAGUAAUUUCACUACUAGAGGGCAGCUGUUUGAGGCAGUAUUGACAGCCCAGGUUGCAUGUGAAGGAACAUUUAUACCUCAACAGAAUUCCUCCUCCUCACCAGGGUUACCUAAUGGUACUGAUUUACCUUCUAAACAGGAAGAUAAGUUAUUAAAGAACUGUGUACAAAGAUUAGCUGACUGGUAUUUUUAUAACGGAUCUCCUAUAUUAUCUGCUUGCUGUUAUCUGUCUAAGGAUGAUGUCAAAGGUGCAAUAGGAAUACUCAUUAGAGGUCAUGAGCUUGAACUGGCAGUUGCUAUGGGAACAGUUUUAGGAAAUGUUUCAGAGCAAACAUAUUUAGCAAUAGAAUAUUUAUCAAGAAGAUGUGAACAUCAUGGCAAAUGGGAACUGGCUAUAGAUUUGUUAAAACUUAUACCGGACAACAGUUUACUAUUGGCCAAAUGUUGUUCUCGAUGUUCUGCAAGUAAAGAUGAGAUUAACAGUCUUCAUAAGAGGGCUGGCCUUCUUUCUACAGAAGAUUGUUUAACAGAAGCUGAGAAGCUUAAAAAUGUUGUAAAUUGUUUUGAAUGUGCCAAGUAUUAUCUUUUAUCUCCUAGUCCUGAAAUUGGUUUAAAUAUUGGUCUUCAAGAUGUUAAAAAAAAAUUAUAUUCAGGGUACUGGGAUAUAGAUGAAGUAUUUUCAGUAUUACAGUUGAUCUCAUGUAUUAGGUCAGAUAAACUAGAACAAAAUAAUGAGAUGAGAUAUGAAGUAUUGUGUUUGUGUUCGUAUAUCGGUGCACUGAUGGCAAUCAGGAAAGGAUAUGAUCAGAUUGUACUGUUUUUGUUGUCUUUAGCGAGAACUUUGAUGCAGAGACAUAAUCUAACACUGCCUAUAACAGACCAGAUGAUAGAGAAAGAACAGAAAGCAUGGAAUGUAAUACUCAAUCAUAAAGACGAAAGGAGUUUGACAUUUGAGAUAGAUGUAACAAGUUUGAACGUAUCACCAGAUAUCCUGACAGACUUCCAGAACCUAGUAAAGAAAGCUGGUGUGGAGAAAAGUUUAGUAGGAGUCGGACCUGACCUGGUAGCCAGUUCACAUCUACCCUCUCACUCUGAUGUACAUAUAUCUGUGAUAACAGGAACCAGGAUAAUGGGUUUGGCCUACUUCUUGGAAGAUGGUAAAUCAGCUGUAUCUCCCAAUGAAGCAUUGAUGUGGGCUAAAGUCAACCCUUUCUCACCUACUGGAUCUGGACUGAGGAUUAACCCAUUCUGAUUCCUCAUUGGCACUAGUCCUGGCUAGAAUAAACAAUUAGUAUUAUACAUGUGCUAAAUUUUGUCAUUCAGAAAGAAUUUAAUCGGUGGAAAUAUUUAUUUUUGUCACAAUUGUUAAUCUAGUCUUUUGUCAUAUUAGAUUAUUCAUACAGGAUCUCUCUUUUAAAUUUAGCAAUUAAAUUCCAAGAUUUCUAUGCAACAAUGCUAGUAAUGUUUGCUCCCAUGGUUGUACUUCCAUGGAGAACUUCCUGGUUAUCAAGUUAGGCAAUAUUAAUUGAUUGAAGCAUUUUCCUGUGUUUUGCCCAACUUUUGGAGGUCUGGUUAAAAAAAGAAGACAUUUGCAUACAUUUUUGGGGGAAUUAUUGCCAAAUGUCUGUUUUUCAACCAAAGAAAGAUUAUUUUCAUAAUGCUAUUAUAGUGGAAACAUUGUUAAUGCACCUUUGAGCUUCUGUAAUUUAUGUAUCUACAUAAAGCUUGGUAUUUUUAUAUUAUUUUUUUCUUAAUGAACAUCAUUAUGCCCGAAAUGAAGUGAUCCGUCCCUCCUUCUGAAACAAACAGUCUUUUUUUUCUUUGUCUGCAGAUAUUGAUCUAUAUUUUUGAUACAUAAGUGUAUAAUCAUGAUAUAUUGGUCAAGUUUGAACAUCAUUACCGUUGAGCAACUUUUGGCAGAUUAACAACACCUACGCCCCUUUGAACUUAUUUGCCCAAUAUACUACUGCAACCUUUUGUCAUCGCAACUCCUCUCAAACCACACAACAGAAUUUCAUGAAACCUUUUCAGAUAAUAAGGACAUACUACGUAGAUGUGCAUAUCGACAGGAAAUUACGAUUCAAUUUUUUUUCCAGGAGUUACGCCCCUUUGAACUUAUUUGCCCAAUAUACUACUGCAACCUUUUGUCAUCGCAACUCCUCUCAAACCACACAACAGAAUUUCAUGAAACUGUGUAGAUAAUAAGGACAUACUAUGUAGAUGUGCAUAUUGACAGGAAAUUAUGAUCUGAUACAAUUUUUUUUUCUUACACUUGUUUUAUUUCUCCAAUGACAAUGUGGGGACGUGGGGUAUGUGAGCGCGCUCACUAGGGUUCUUUAAUUUCUGCAAUUAAGAGUAAAUUAAUUUCUCAUAAUUCUUUAUUUUUAAAUGAACCACAUAGUUCAGAGAGGAAACACAAAUUUCACUUAAAAUGAAUUAUACUCAAAGCUCCAAAGUUUUAAUCCAACCAGAAAAAUUUAUCCACAUGAAAUACACAGUGAAAAGUACAUUAAUCAUUUAUCAAUUCAAUUCACUUAAGCUUUCAAUCAAUCAUCAAGAGCUACAGGUACAUUUAUAGAAGAACUAAUAGAAGAAUUCAAAUAUCGAAAAAUAUGCAACAAGUGACAGAACAAGACAGUAAUUCACGAAUGCAUGUAGCGCUUGAGUAAAAUAUCAGUGUUUUUCGAUCAUGAAUUGAAUAUUUUUUUUAAAUUGAAUUCUUCCAUUAUUUAUUCUUUUUAUAACAUUGACCAUGUGGUUUUUAAUGGAAAUAAAGUAGAAAAUACAGGGAACUAUAUCUUUUUUUAUACAUUCCCAAAAUCGUUACGAUGCAACAUUGUAUGAAGUCAGAGGAGUGAAAUUAUCUGUUUUUAUUUAACUGGGAAAUCACAGUAAUUCAUUGUAUUUUUUUCCUAAAGUAACACAGACGUUGAGCCAUUGUGUUUAAAUUGAAUAGUUAAAAAUGUUUGUAGCAGUUUACAUUCCAUAAGUAUAUGAUAUGUUAUAUGCAACAGAUUAUUUAUUUUAUGAGUAUUUUUUUCAUAUUUUGUAGUUGUUAGAUAUAUUAUAUCAUUGUUAAGUUUUUGAAAUAACAAAUCCGUCCAAGCUCUGUUUUGCUAUGCAUGUUUUGGAUUUUUUGCCCUUGUAUAAUCUAUGUAUAAAAAGCACAAGAAUACUCUUUUAAAUUAUUGUUUUUACCAGAUUAUAUACAUGUAUAUAUCUUCCUAUCCAACAUAUAAGUUCAUAUUGUACAUGUUCAAUUGUUCAUCAGUCAAUCAAGCAGUUCUAUAAAUUUUACCUUCAUAUUGAUUAUAAUCCAAUGCUCCACAUUUCAGUGUUAUUUUAUUCAUUAUGACAUUCAUUUUCUGCUGGAAUAACUAGAGAUGGUUUUAGGUAUAAUGUAAUUUUAAAAAAUAACACUUCUCCAUAUUUUUAAACAGGUUUUUCAGACAGAAAUCCAGUUAUUGAAUUGGGUGGUGGCUCUAGCAAUUUCUGGAUUAACCAUUCAACAAAUGCAUUUUGAUAUGUUGUUACUGAUGACUAAAUUAGAGGUCAAGUUUGAUAUUGACGAUUUUCAUUUUUGAGGUUCAGGAGUUAUGGUCCUUGAUUGAUUAAAAAUGACAUUUUAAGUUAUUUAUGUGCAAUAAGUUGAGUUAUGGCCCUUAAUUGCUUGAACAAUGACAUUGAAAAAUGUAAUAAAAACCCGGUUUGUUGUCAUCUUGACAACCUCUUGUUAAUUUGUAGUACAAAAUGUAUUGAUAUUGAUAUUUCUGCAUUUCCACACAUCCUCCUCAUCUUUAAAUUCCAGAGCCCUCAAACUUUUAAAAAUGUAUGUAGAUACAUUUGAUACUUGCACUUUUUCUCUAUGUUUGAAGAAUUUUGAUAUUUCAGAAAGUGAAACUGAAGUAAUUUUUUCAUCAAAAUUCUGUAUGACAGGAACUAAUCUCUAAUGUGUGAUUUUGUCUUGUUUUAGCUAAAAUUUUGUAGGAAACAGUAGAUAGUUCAGGGUAUAUAGAUGCAAGAUUGAUUUUUUUUUAAAUAUAUAGGAUUAUAGUUAAAACCUUGUAUGUUUUAGCUUCCAGGAAGUAGACAUUUUUCCUCACUGUAUUGCAAAGAAUUUAGAAGUAUGUUAACACAUUUUUAAUUACUAGCACAAUUUUUGAAACAUUAAACAAACAUUCCUACAUUA